AAGACGUUUAUGUCAAUGUGUGUUUAUUGAUAAACUUGUCAAAGUUGACGAAUUUAUAGACGUUUUAAACAAAAUAAUUUGCAUUUUGAUGCUCUAAAAAUGUUAAGUUUACAAGAAUAUGGUAGUAGUGAUGAUGAUGAAAGUUCAAAAGAUGUAAAUAUAGAAGAGUUAACCUCACAUUUGAAACCAGUUGCAGAAGAAAAUAAAGAGUUUUCAACUGCAAAAUCUUUACAAAUUUGUGCUGCACCCUUAGUUGUACCAACAGGUACUGAGGACAUGAUAAAACCAAUUGACCCUCACUCAAAUGAAAUCGUUUAUAAUCCAAAAUACGAUGAACUAUUCGCACCAGAAGUUGGUCCAGAAAAUCCGUUUAUCACGGAACAAAUGAAAGCCAAAAAGAAUAUGUUAAGCGGUUAUGUUGAAAAAGCACAUAUGAGUGAUUUUCAAUUCGAAAAUCAACGGCGUACUUUCCAUAGCUUUGGCUAUGCUUUAGACCCGAGUGUAGGAUUUACGGGUAUUGAAGGUAGCAGUAUUGUUGGUUCAAGUUUGGCUGCAGAAGAAUCAAAAAUGAAAACCGUAUUUGAAUCAACAAAAGAACGUCCAGCAGAUAAGCGAAAACGUAACAAGAAUGAUAAACCAGACGAUGUUGAUGGGUUCCUUGGUCCAUGGGGUGGAUAUGUAGAUGAACAAAAAGUUGCCAGACCAACAGAAGAAGAAGCUGCAGAAUUGGAGGAAAUUUUAGCGAAACGGCAUAAACGAGGCAAACAGACUGAAGAAAAACCAUUUGAAGAGAAAACUGUACUUCAUAUUAAAGACAGUGUGGAUUAUCAAGGCCGAUCAUUUUUACAUGCUCCUCAAGAUGUUGGGGUUAAUUUACGUUCAGAUUCACCUCCGGAUCGUUGUUUCUUACCAAAAGCACAUAUUCAUACAUGGCAAGGACACACAAAAGGAAUUGCUGCUAUUCGAUGGUUUCCAAAAACUGCUCAUCUUUUAUUAUCAGCUAGUAUGGAUUGUCGUAUAAAAAUUUGGGAAGUUUAUAAUGAGCGUAGAUGUGUGCGAACUUACUAUGGACAUCGACAAGCUGUUCGAGAUAUUAAUUUCAAUAAUAAUGGUACUCAAUUUUUAUCAGCAGCUUACGAUAGGUAUAUAAAACUUUGGGAUACAGAAACUGGAAAAUGUAUAUCAAGAUUUACCAGUCGAAAAAUUCCAUAUUGUGCAAAAUUCAAUCCAGAUAUUAAUAAACAAAAUUUAUUUGUUGCCGGUACAUCGGAUAAAAAAAUUAUUUGUUGGGAUACAAAAUCAGGAGAAAUUAUUCAAGAAUAUGAUCGACAUUUGGGUGCAGUCAAUACAAUUACCUUCGUGGAUGAACAUCGACGUUUUGUUACAACAUCCGAUGAUAAAAGUUUAAGAGUUUGGGAAUGGGAUAUUCCUGUUGAUAUGAAAUAUAUUGCCGAUCCAACAAUGCAUUCAAUGCCUGCAGUUACCUUAUCACCGAAUGCUAAAUGGUUGGCAUGCCAAAGUAUGGAUAAUAAAAUUGUUAUAUUUUCAGCAUUGAAUCGAUUUAAAUUAAAUCGCAAAAAAACAUUUACUGGACAUAUGGUCGCUGGUUACGCUUGCACUUUAGAUUUUUCACCUGACAUGUCAUAUUUAAUAUCCGGAGAUGCAGAUGGAAAAUGCUACGUAUGGGAUUGGAAAACAACGAAAUUAUAUAAAAAAUGGAAAGCUCAUGAUCAUGUUUGUAUAAAUACAUUAUGGCAUCCACACGAACCAAGCAAAGUUGUGACAGCAGGAUGGGAUGGACUUAUUAAAUAUUGGGAUUAAAAAUUAUGAUCUUGUUUUGAGUAUUUGAUUUA